AUGUAUCACCAACUCCCCUCUCAAUUCUCUCCCUCUCGAACCUCGAACCUCCCACCAACAAGCGACUCCUCCAGCUCACCAAGCUCCCGAACAACCUCGCCACCCUCAUCACCAACCUCCCUAAGGCGUUCACCACACCACCUCUUCAAUCUCUCCUUCUACCCACACUCCACACACCCUAUAGGUGAAACGGAGGAUGCCCACGAUGUAUCAGGCUUCGCCCAAUACGGUCACAGCAUCCUCCCCUGUGCCGUGCUUCGCGGGCGAUCCUCCCUCAUGCUCGUGCGCCGCCGUCCCUCCGCAGUCGACAUGGCCCUGAACGAGGAGCGGUCCCGCUGUGACGAAGACGCGAUCGAGCGUGCGGGCCUCGAUCUCAUGGAACCCCGCCCCGUUGAUAUGAAGGGGGAGGUGCCUGCUUUCCAUACGCAGCGCCCGCGCAGCAUUGGUGCUGAAAGUCGAGAUAGUCGCGGUGUGCCUGUUCAGCAGCCGCGGUUUGUCAUGGGUGGGAUUUUCGAGGUCAUGGAGGGGCGGGCGUAG